CAACAACAAAUAUUUAACGUACAGAAAGAAAAAAAUAAACACAUUUAUUUAGAUCAUGGAAACCAAGCAACAAGUUCCUGCUAAUCGUGUUUAUGAGGAUAUUGAUCCUUCAACGGAGUGGGCAAGAGAGCAAGAUCAUGACACUCUAAUCCUUGUUCUACCAGGUUUUAAAAGGGAUCAACUAAAGGUUCAGGUGACCUCAACUCGUAUCCUGAGGGUCUCCGGCGAACGCUUGCUUGAUAACAACAAAUGGCGGCGUUUCCAAAAGGAAUUCCCCAUCGCGUCAAAUAUCGACACUAAUUCAAUCACUGCGAAGUAUGAAAACGGCAUGCUGUACAUCAAACACCCUAAAUUGUUGACGCUGACAAGAUCACGGGAACAGGCAAAACCAGCUGCGGAAGCUAAGCCCAAAAGUGAUCAGCCACGACCGAUUCUGAAGAGUGCUCAACAACCACCUGCGGUGGCUCCGAGGCCUCAACAAAUGCCGAAAAGUGACCAGCCACGACCGACCCAGAAGAGUGCUCAAGAGCAGGCUGCUCAACAAGUUUCUUCAAAGUCGCCGGCCAAUGCGGAUAAACAAACAGAGGGGAAAACCACCGCACAAGCAAAAGGUAACGAAAUUAGCGAGGCGAAGAAGGAUUCCCAAAAGACGCCGGUACUGGAGAUGGAGAAGGAAUUACCAAGCGACCGUGCAAAUAAGAAGCAGAGCACAUCAUCGCCGGAAGCCGAGAAAGAAACGAUCCGUUCGUCGGAGAAAGCCGGAAAAGUUGCAGGCGCAAGUGAGAAGCAGAAAACCCAUGGGGAUGCAAAGAAGAAGGAGAAACGACCAAUAGCUGAAAAUGAUGAGCAAGAGGGUUAUACGCAAUGGAUUUAUAGUUUGGCGAUGGAGCUGAAGAAGCCGAAGAAAUUGGUCAACUUAAUUGUGGCGGCACUUUUGGUCGUGGUAUUUGUGUUAUAUGCUAAACAUGCAGCCAAGCAGCCUAUUAGCGAACCUAAAAGUAAACUCCCAUAAAUGUAUUUUAUGUGUAUAUGUUCAACUUGGCACUAGCUAAUUCAGAUGCCAAUGAAUUUAUUUAAUAAUGUGGCAUUUCAUUAUGUUUGUGUGGAAGAAAAUAAUGAUCAAACAUUUGAUUAUU